CAUGCUGGAUUAUUAUAAUUCUCAAUGUGGAGUCUUCAGGACAUUGCUAGCCAUUCCCUUUGAUGCCUGGCGUGAUAAGAUGAUUGCAAUAUCAGACCAGAUUUCAACGCUUUUUCGCGAUUGCCGCAACUGGAAAGACAUUUUGGGGGUCAAGAAAGCGCUUGCAUUUUAGACCCACCCCUCACAACUGCCAAUACCACCCCUUCAACGUUAACCACGCCCUUCUCUGUAUAUAAAUAGCACGGGUCCCUGGACGACGACAAAUUGCCCCCGGAGCUGUACCCCUGUCCUUCAACCGCAGCCUCACCAAGAGAAACACCAUGAAGUGGUCUGGAUCUCGCCCUGAAGGCCUCGACCUAUACCAAGAGAUCUUUGUUUUAAGGAGUGACAAUUCCGUGUUUACUCCCUCGCUACCUCAGAUGGCGACCGUGGAUGAAGAUUCACAAGCGGUGAAUCUUCCUGCCUCCCCACCGCUCUCCCAAGACUCAGACCUGCCCUGCGGCCAUGGAGAUCCGACACCCCCGAUGGAGCAAGCCCUUGAGAGUCAGAGGGAAUCGGCCUCGGCACCCCCGUCGCCACCUGCGGACACGCAAGCCCUUGAGAGUCAGAGGGAAUCGGCCUCGGCACCCCCGUCGCCACCUGCGGACACGCAAGCCCUUGAGAGUCAGAGGGAAUCGGCCUCAGCACCCCCGUCGCCACCUGCGGACACGCAAGCCCUUGAGAGUCAGAGGGAAUCGGCCUCAGCACCCCCGUCGCCACCUGCGGAUACCCUGCCAGACGAUGAGAGCGGCGCAGAUGAAAACGAUGGGUGGAUUCGCUUCGGUUUCAUCAAAGCGGUGAAAACUGUGCUGUAUCGCCUUUUGACCGCUGCAAUCAGACAAUACAUGCACGAAAUGUGUUAUGGAUGCGUUAAUAACCGUCCUAGUCAAAAAGAGCAUGGACGCUUGAAGCUGCUUGAGAACGAGCUCUACGAACAUAACUACUAUGGUAUAUUGCGAGUACUUUAUAACGAACGUUUCAUGGAUGCAGUUCAACGGUUUCUAGCCGCUCGCAACAUCCAUCAUGACAACGACGCUGUUAAUGCUGUCAUACAAGCGUAUCUGUAUGAAUUAACGAUGGUGAAGCGUGUAUUUAAUACAAUAUAUGGCGGGUAUGAUCGGCUGGUUGAAGAAAACUGUGAACUAAAAGAUCAACUUGAUGCCAUCACAGACUACUGGCGAGGGUCUUGAAACCAAUGCAUACAUGUUUUCUCAUGUCUUUUUAUAUAUUAAACUAGUUAGUGACAUCGUAUUAAAAAAAGAGUGUCUGUUU